UGGCUCGGGUUACAUAAAAAAUUAGGGGUAUUUUCGUCACAUAAAUGGUAUAUAAAUGAGAGGCUUGGGCGUUAUUUGCCAGUGAAAUCGAAAGGGUGAGCGGAGAGGAGUUUCCGUUAUCCAUUCUUUAUUUUUCUUUGUUCUCUCUCAAAACCGAAACGAAGAAACUCAAACAAACUCUAAUUAAAAAAAAAAAAAACCAAAUUAGGGUUAUUUUAAUCUCUCAAUUGUUUUAAAAAAAUCCCUCUUUUUCUUGUGGAAGCUAUGGAUUCCGUGUCGAUCAACAACGCUUCUUCUCAUUCAGCCUCCAACUGCGGAGAUUUCUCCAGAAAGAAGAGAAGGUCUGCAAAAUUGAAGCAGUGCAAACUGGAUGCGCGCCGUGAGCAAUGGCUUUCUCAAAGUGCUGUAAAAAACAAGGGUUGUUGCAAGGAAGGAACUAACGCUGCCGACUCGAAGCAAACUCAGCGGGGUGAAAGGGACCGUUCCUUGGAGAAUUUAGAGAUGAGGAGAAUUGCUGAGGCUAAUGGAGAAGGAGAAAAUGUAUCGGUCCAACACGAGAGCGAAUCUGAGUGUUGGCCUUCAAAUAGCCCCACGGGCAGCAGCCUGCUGGGAGGAAUGGAUUCUGGGGCAAGCUUCACCAAUAGUAGCAGCAGCAGCAGCACGAGUAGCGGCGGAUGCUGUUCUGGUUGCAUCACGGAAGAAGAAGGCGAUGAUGGAUGUUUGGAUGAUUGGGAGGCGUUUGCUGAUGCAUUGGCUGCCGAUGAUGACAAGCGGGAAGUGGAGCAGAACGAGAAUAACAGGGAAAACCGUCGUUUAGGAUUGACCACUGGGCAUGUGCCAAAUCCCCAGAUAGGUUCGAAUGGGGCUGCAUUGAAUUUGAGGAAUUCGAAGCCUGAGUGUCCAAGAAUGGUGCAGAGGGCGACAGGACGUAGCAGGGCAUGGAGGGCUGAUGAUGCUUUUCGACCGCAGAGUCUUCCUAAUUUGUCAAAGCAGCGGAGUUUUCCAGCUACGGACCGGCAUUGUGGUCAAGAAGGGGUUUCAUGGGCGCGUAGCAGUGUAUUUUCGGUGCCAUCAUCAUGUCCCAUAUGCUAUGAGGAUUUGGAUUUCACGGACUCAAGUUUUUUGCCCUGUUUAUGUGGUUUCCGACUCUGUCUUUUCUGCCACAAGAGGAUUCUUGAGGAGGAUGGACGUUGUCCUGGUUGCAGGAAGCCGUAUGAGCAUGAUCCUGUGGAGGCUGAAGCUAGUGUUCAAGGAGGCAGUCUGACAUUUAGGUUGGCUCGUUCUUGUAGCAUGAUUGCAAGGUCUUAGGAGCAGUCUCCGUUUUGAAUUAUUACUUUGAACCUUCCCCAGGGGAUUCCUCACUGCCAAUUAAAUAAAUGAAUAAAGUUUGUAUCUAAUUUUCUUUCCUUUUCUUUUUAUGAUGAAUUAGAUGACUCUUGACAAUCUUUAGUUUGUGAUACAAUGGUUUAGAAAUUCAGCACUUAAAGAGGAUAAAAAUAAGUCAGUACUAUUAUGGUAAUUGUACUUUAUAUGCUUAUGCAUCUUAAAAUUUCAUCAAUUGGUUGGUAUAUCAUUGUGUUAAUGUCUGAGCAAAUUGUUGAUCUUAGUAGAAAGAGAUGCAUGCCAGACCUGAAUAAUUUGUUAGGUUUUCGUUUUUUCUCCUUGAAAGUUCUGGAGUUGUAAAUGUGCUCAACUUGAUCCUAAGACUUACCUCACCAAUCGCCAUUUAUGGAAGGUUUAAGGCUCAUUUCUUGAGUAUUUUGCUUAGGUUUAGUCGACAAUUUUAUUUGUUAGGUUUUCGUUUUUUCUCCUUGAAAGUUCUGGAGUUGUAAAUGUGCUCAACUUGAUCCUAAGACUUACCUCACCAAUCACCAUUUAUGGAAGGUUUAAGGCUCAUUUCUUGAGUAUUUUGCUUAGGUUUAGUCGACAAUUUUAAGCAUAUUUAACACGUAUUGCAAAGACAACUUCCAGGUAAAAGUUGCCCCAUCUAUGUAAGACUAAUUUCUUUUUCUACUUCCUCUUUACACUUGUAUGAUUCUUUAGAAACUGGUCUUAUAUGCGUGGUGAUUGCAUUCUACUUUAACCUUUAUUUUUUCUCACACGGAAAAAAAGUUGUAUCUUAGAUAACAAGAAAACAUGCCAGAAAGGAACUUGAUUAAUAUUAAGGGGGGAAUAUUUUCUGUGCACUUUUAUAUAGUCACUUGUGCAUGAAAACAAACACUAAAAGUAAGGGACAAUCUUGAAAUUUCUAAUUUUCAACCCUUUUGGGUUUUGCUCAAAAAGGCAAUGAAAAGAGCAUAAAAAUGGAGAGAGAAAAGAAAAGAGAAUGCACGUGACAGUUGAACAUUAUAUUUGCUGGUAGGUUAUCGGUGUUCCUUAUGCUUUGCUUUGCUUUGCUCUUUCUGUUAAUGUAAUUCCUAUUUCCCUGCGCAAAUAGGUUGGAGCUUGAACUUCUUGUUCUUUUGUUUUAUGAUGUUUAGUUUAUCAGUGUCAUUA